AUGGAAAAUUUUGCAGUAAAGACAUGGAAAGCAUCUGCUUACUAUGAUGUUAAUAAUCAUCAUAAUCAAAGAUGGACAUCAUCAUUACUUAUAUCUAUCAUUAUUGUUGUACUAUCUACUAGUUUUGUCAUGGGAGUUAAUAUUGGUGGUCCAAAUUUAUAUAAUGGUUUUAUUGUACCAUGGACUCGUGGUCAUCCAUUUCCUUGUCAAAAAGAGGGUAGUACAUCACAAUGGAUAGCACGUAAAUGGUGGGAUUGUGUUUAUAAUGAUACAACAAAAAAUCUCCAUGGUUAUUAUUAUCUUCCUGACAUAUCUAAAAAAAUUCUUAUUGGUCAACGAUUAAAAGAUUCAAUUCAUAAUGUUUUAUUUGUUGUUGGUGGUUUUAUUGGUGCUUAUUCAGGACAAUAUUGGUAUAAAUGUUUAUCAAGACGUAAUGCUAUUUUUGCAAGUACACCAUUUCAAUUAGUCGCAUCAAUAUUUAUGAUUAUUACAUUGUAUAUAUAUCGUGGUUAUGAUACAGAUGAUCCAGAUCAAACAACUAUCGAUAAAGCAACGAAAAAUAAAGAUGUAGCAAUAAGUUUUUUUUAUAUUUCUCGAUUUCUUUCUGGUUUUUCUGCUGGCAUGUGUUGUGUAGUAUCAACAUCUUAUUUAAAUGAAAUAAGUCCUCGAGCACUUCGAGGUACGGUAGGCUCUUGUCAUCAAUUAGCAAUUGUAAUAGGUAUUCUUGUUGGACAAAUUAUUGGUUUACCAUGGAUAUUAGGACGACAUAAUGCUUGGAAUUGGGGUAUGUCAUGGGUUGGUUUAUUUUCUUUGAUGGGUUCUGUAUUUAUUUGGACAUUGCCUGAAAGUCCUCGAUGGCUUGUGCAAGAACGAAAACAAAAUGAAGCUGCACAAUCAUUACGUAAAUUACGACAAAGUAAUGAUAUUGAAGCUGAAUUAAUUGAAAUUGAAGAAGAAGAAACUGCAUUAGAUAAACAAAAUCUUGGAAUUGGUAAAGUACUUUUAUUAAAUGAAUUUCGAUGGCCAUUAAUAACAAGUUUGGCAUUAAAUGCUAUUCAACAAUUAUCAGGCAUAAAUGCUGUAUUCUUCUAUUCGGGAGAUAUGUUUUCAGUAGCUGGUCUACGUGAUGAAAAAGUAUUUUGGGGUAUAUUAGCAACAGGUGUUAUUAAUCUUAUUGCAACACUUAUUGCUUUAAAAUUUAUUGAAUUAUUGGGCCGUCGUCCAUUGAUUAUUUGGCCAUUAGCUGGUAUUAUAAUUGUUAUGGUUGGUCUUACGAUAUUGAUUGUUUUAAAUGCAAAAAAUUCAGAAGAUAAGAAAGAAGCAUUGGCGAUAGUUAGUAUUAUAUUUAUUCUUAUCUUUAUUAUUUUAUUUGCAAUUGGUCUUGGACCUAUUCCUUUCGUAUAUUCAAAUGAAGUAUUUGCAGUUGAAGCACGUGCUACUGGACUUUCAUUAGCAAUGUUUAUCAAUUGGUUUUGCAACUUUUUAGUUACUUUACUUUUCUUACCACUUCAAUCCGCAAUCGAAGGUUAUGUAUUUCUGGUUUUUUGUGUACUUGUAGCAUUAGCAUUCGUUAUACUUUUCUUUAAAAUGCCCGAAACAAAAAAUAAAAAAUUACAAGAUAUUCAAGCAUUCUGGAAGUAAACAUGAUCAAAAAACAACAACAACAACAACAACAAUAAUAAUAAAAUUUCUUGUUUUUUCUUUUCUCAGUACACAUCUGUAGACAUUCCUUAUCCUAAUAAACAUUUCUCUGCAUGUUUUAUUCUAGCAAAAGAUUUUAAUCUUUAUUUCCUCAAUAGAAAUAUAUUGAAUUAUUAUAAUAAAUUUUCGACGGAAAUGAAAGAUCAUCGAAUAAAUUAUGAUGGUCUUAUGUUUUUUUUUCUGUAUGAGUAUUAAAGAGUAAAAAAUAGUCAAUAAUAAAAGUAAUAAUGACAACUCAUAAGAAUUUCUACAAAAUCUUUAACAUCAUCAAAUGUUUAUCACGUUUUCUAAAUCCAUUGCGCCAUGUUAGUCGAAGCGCAUACACGAUGGUUUACAUAAGAUACUUGUUGAUAAUAAGUAAUAGAUCAUGUUAAUUUGUCGAAUGUUGAGUGAUAUGCAUAUAACUUGAAGAUAAGUGACUGAGAUUUAAUUUGAAGAAGCUAUACAGAUUAGAGGUGUUAACAUAUUAAAUAAAGUUCUUAGAAAGAAUGAUGUUAAAGAUGAAUUAAGAAAUCCUUUCAAUGAUUGAUAGUUUUCGAGAAUUUCUAUGUUCGAUAGUUUUCAUUACUAUCUGUAGUUUAGAACAGUAUGAUAAUUGUUUUAUUUAUUUUUUGAUUUAUGUUGAAAUACAUUAUUGCUCUUUGUGAAACAUACAAAAUACUCAGUUUUAUCAAAAAAUUAUUUUAAUAUAUCACAGAACUGUCUUACGAUCUAUUACAUAUAUCUAAUUGAUCGAUGAAAUAAUUCUUGUUUUUGGAUAUAUUAAAAUUUUAGAAAUAAGAUUUACAUCUUAUUUUUAGAAAUUCUCAAUCCAAUAAACAGAUAUGUUUUGUGUUUUUUGUAGAAUGAUUGUCAUUAACGUUUCAUAUAAAACAGAAUGUUAUGACAGUUAUUUAUGUGAGAAGAAUUCUAAGGUACAGAAUAAAGAACGAUAAAGUCCCAGGAGAAUAUCUAUAGAAGUUCAUGUUAAAUAUGGAAACACUUAUGAAAAAAGUGUAUAAUUACCGAAAAAUAUUAUUUGUCAACAGAAGUUUUAUAAUUGAAAUAAAAUAUAUGAUUUUCUUUUUCUAUACAAAUGUCAAUCACUUUAGUUAUUUACAAAUAAAUAUUGUUCUGUAAAAAUACGUCUAUCGACAAGCAAAGUAUUACUGAUGAUAAAGAAAAUGAUCAAUGAUACAAUUAUCUAAGUAAUAAUUAUUAAAUAGAAUUUUGGAUGGUAAAAAGAAGUAGAUAGACUAUGAAUUUUUUUAUUAAAGAGAAAUAAGAUAUACAAAAAAAAUUAGUCAUGUUUAUUCAUUUUAAUUAAUAGCAUCAUAUAAUAAUUACCUUAGUUCUCGUAGACAAGAAAAACAAGAAUCAUUAUUUAUACGGUAGAAAAUCAAUCAAUUCGAGAUAAAACUGCUGAAUGAUUGUUAAAAUAUAAAUUAAGAUUUUAGUCUAAGUUUCAAUUUCAAUUUAUGAACAAUAGUUAUUUGAUUGUUGAACAACAGAGUAAAGACAAAAUACUUCAUAGGCAUACGAUUAAGAUAGUCUUAUCAUGGACAAAUCUGUUCUAAUGCUUUUAUAUGUUUCAUGAUACCGCAAUACAUGAGUGUAAUACAAAUGCAGGCAAAGUCAAUAUUCUGGUAUUACGAAUAAAUCUAUGAUUAAGAUAAAAUAGUUAUUAUUUGAUAUACAAGCAUUAUGUCUUUCUAGACAAAUAAUAUACAUUUCUUCAAUCAUUAUUGUUAAACAAAAGACGAUAAGAUUUCAUUUCAUGAUCAUAUCAAAACAAUAGACUAUUUACCUUUUAAUUUAGGAAGAAAUGUAAAAUAUUUUAUAAAAUUAAAACUUCAAAUCUCUUAUUUAUUGCAAUGAAAUGGUAUAUCAAUAAAAUCAUUUGACACUAUCGUCCUUAUGACAACAUUAUCACCAUAUCUUAUAUCUGAUCAUUACUUAAUAAAUAAUAAAAAAUGAUCAUGUUGUUUUUUUGUUCUUAGAAAAACAAAUUCAUUAUAUUCAAAUAAAACUCUAUGUAAAUCUAACAUACAGUAAUUGGAUAUUCAUAUGCCUCCAGACUGUAUACAGCAAUCAAAAAUCGAGAAGGCAAGAAAAACAUAAUGUGUGAAAAAAGUGCUGAUAAUUGCAAAAUAUGUCAUCUUCUAUUGAUUUUAAUGUUCACCUUGUCUCUCGUCAUAUAUCACACACAGUCAAUCUACUAGGUUUUACGGUAUAUUUAUAUAUAUAUAUAUAUAUAUAUACACGUGUCUCAAUCAAAUUUGUUUUCAAACUAAAGAUAAGUAUCACCAUGGACAUCAACUACAAAUGACAGAUGGCAAUCAUCACUCAUUUGAUUGAAAUAAAAUAUAGAGAUAAGCAAUACAUUUUUCUUUUUUUUUCUUUGUGAUAAUUAUUAUAAAGGUAAUUUUAUAUAACCUGUUAAUUAUUCUUUUUUCUUUUUAUCUAUGAAAAGAAAUAUUGUAUAUAAUAAAAUUCUAUGAAUGUUUCUAUUUAUUUUUAGUGGCUUCAUUCGUCCUUUAAUAAUCAUUUAGCUCAAGAAGAGAAUAGGUAAAAAAGAAAGAGUCAGAACAAAGUAGAAGAGUUAAAUUGUGUGUUAUGUCCUUUUGGCACUAUAACUCUACUCUCUUGCCCUCUCUCUCUUCCCGAUAGCAGGCUGUUCACCGUUUGACUCUCUUUCUCUCUCUCACACUUUUUUCUCUUUGUAUACUUGUAUGUCGAUUCCUUUUCACUUUUUAAGCGAGCAUGUGCAUAUGUAAUACUAAACUCCUUUUCCACCACUAACCGUUUACCUAUAGUCUCAUAAAAAAAAAAACUUGUUUCGCCAUCAAUAGAAAAAGCACUAACAUCGU